UAGGUAAUGAUUGUUGUAAAUAGUUAAUUAAUGAUGAAUGUCAUCAUGAAGACGCUCAUUAGUGCCUACAUAAUAUUAUAAAUUUAAAAAUCGUGAAAUAAUUUAAAUAUCGAUCUUGUAGUGUCGUGUAGAAAGAAAACAUAUCACUAGUAAUAAUAUAUUUUAAUUCUCUUUGAGUAAUACUCAAUGAGUAGGUUAUAGAAUACUUAUUUGUGUGUUACAUUUAAGAGAAAACGUUUUGUUUUGCUAAACUUAAUUAAGGUUUUAACUUUGUGUUCAUAAAUUUACAAUGAAAUUCCAUUUACCUUAUUGUUUAGUAUUUAUUGUCUUAUUUAUAUUGGAUGAUAAUAUUGUAAAAACUCAGGAAUCUACAUUUGGUGAAUGCCAUACGAAUCACGAUGAUUUUAUGGAAACAGUAAAGUUUUUGACCAAAAGUAUAGUACCAUCUUUGGAAGGUACCAAUAAAGGUGAUUCAGGAAGGAUAGGUAUUAUAGGUGGUUCUAUUGAAUAUUGUGGUGCACCAUAUUUUUCAGCAAUAUCAGCGCUUAAGAUUGGCGCUGAUCUUGUUUACGUGAUUACAACGGAAGAUGCAGCUCCAAUUAUAAAAGCUUAUAGCCCUGAUCUUAUAGUGUACCCAUUCCUUAGCAAAAAACAUGCUUCUAAAAUAAGUGCGCUAUUGCCGAAGAUGGAUGCUAUAAUUAUUGGCCCUGGGCUAGGAAGGGAAGAAGAAUCCAUGAAAUUGACUUACGAGAUUAUAGACAGUUGCAAAUUUCUUAAAAAGCCUUUGGUAAUUGACGCUGAUGGCCUAUAUGCUGUGUCUAAAAAUGUAUCGAUUCUUAAUGGAUACCCUAGCCCAGGGGUAAUCUUGACGCCUAAUGGAAGAGAAGCUAAGAAAAUAAUUGAAGCUGUUGGCAGAAAUGACACAAAAUGGUGCAAUUUUUGGGGAGACCAUGUAUCUGUUUUAAUAAAAGGCGCAAUUGAUCAAUAUUAUUCUUCCAAUACUCUAUAUAAUUGGGCUUCUUCUGAAGGUGGGUCUGGACGGCGCGCAGGAGGGCAAGGAGAUAUUUUGUCUGGUGCAUUGGGUACAUUAUACACUUGGGCGAUAAGAAGCAAAAUGUGUGACAAUAACUUACAACUGGCACAAAGUGUGGCGACAUAUGCGGCUGCUAAAUUUACAAGGGAAUGUAAUGCUCAAGCAUUUAAGACAUUUGGACGUAGUUUGUUAGCAUCGGAUAUGAUAAAAUACAUUCAUGUUGCAUUUGAAACAAUUUUUAACUAUCAUUGAAUUUCAAAGUAUACGUUUUUCUACAAACAAAA